GGUUUCAAAUCCAGCGUCAUAAAGAUAGAUACACCCUUUUUGUGAAAGAAAAAUGUAUAACAUCUGGACUCAUUCAAUGUAUUGAUAUUUUAGAUUGUCAGCCUUCAGUUCAUAGGGAGCGAACCCGCCAAAAAUCGGUAAAAACCACUCAAGAAGCGGGGUUGUACAGGCCACAAACGCGAAAUCCGCGUCGAAAUUAUAGCACCGCGACACCCCUACCCACCCUCACAUUCAUACCCACAACGCCAGGAUGCUGAGCUCCCCAUCCUCAUUUUACACGGCUUUGGAUUCCCCAUCGUCGCCGUCUCCAUCCUCCAUGGCAGAUAGCACAGAUGAACGUGGAAAUUCUUUAGAGAAUCCACAAUAUUGCCAAGCAAGCAAAAUCUCUAGAGAAAUUGAGGACCAUGUCAAAAUAUACUUUGAUGAGCGGAUGUAUAACCACGCACUCAUUCUACUUUCCGAUGUCCUUGCCUCUGGCAUUUCGCAUUCGACUGCAGCCUCAAAAGCUCCCUGUAUACCGAACCCCAAGUUUCUACAAAUAGCCAGCACAUUACUAGUACAUCCUAUUACUACAACUCGAGCCCAGCAUGAUCAUGUUGAAGUAGCCUCUAGAUCCAUUACCCUUCUACGAAAUACCCUUACCGAAAUUGGUCCUAAGAGCGCCAAUCUCCAAAAAGCAUUUUCCUUUGAAUCUGGCAGACACACCCGUCGAGUCUAUGGCGACGGAGAGACUGAUUCUAACAGUGAUGACGACGAUGAUAUCAAAGGGGUCAUGUCUCAAAAUGGGCUGUGGAGAUGCGCCAAGGACUUUUGGCAGAUAGUGGGCUGGUCGUUUAACUGCAGUGUUAGGUAUCCCAAGAGGUGGAGGUAUUGGAAGGUUCUUCUGGAGUAUCUAUUAGAUGUGCUGGAUGCGGACUGGCACGAACGAGAGACUAUGGAUGAAACGACAUUCAACGCUCAAAUAAAUCAGAACCAAGGGAAUGAGGAAAUUUCUCCCGGCCAUGAGAUGCUUCAAGACUCGUUAUUAGUACAAUAUCUGGGCGUCUCCGGUCAAAAUCGCAAUGGAACUGCUGUUAGGCGGAUUGUAAAGGCAGCCUUUGCGGACGGAUCCACGCAAUCUAUGAACGCAUAUCCAGAAAUUUUUGAAAACGAAACCAAAGACAUCAAGAAAGACGAAUCACAAAAAAGAAAAUGGGAGGACAGCAAAAGUACUAAGGAAAUGGGCUUUGGUGAUUUCGAUGAAGAGGAAGAGGGAGAUUUAGCAUCAGAUACAUCAGAGGGACAAGAGGAAGUAGCCCCAAAGCAGAAUAAGACAGGCAGUCCGACAUACUCUUCUAAUAUUGGAGACCCGGACUCUAUUCGCUUGCGUCAACGGGUUAUAACUCUGCUGUCACGCGUAUCCGCGACCCUCCCGGAAAAAUCCAUGCCACUACGCGAUGUUUACGAUCUCCUCGCAGAGUUCACCGUGGGACUUCCUAUCGCAUCAUUCUCACUUCUUCUUAAUAUUUCACAUACAUCACCUUUCCCUUCAGUGGUUCUUGUCUCGCUUAUACAACUAUUAUGCUCGCGAUAUCUUCCAAAAUCUGCAAUCCGUCCUCAAGAUGUCGAAAAUUUCAAUAACGACACACUUACGCAACGAAUCCUUGAAAUCUGCUAUCUUCCGCAUUGUCCUAUGACUUCAUCCAUAGAGGACAAUGCAAAAUAUUCAAUACUGGUAGAAAAUCUAUUUCGCCUAUUCUUGACAGAUUGUGAAGGUCUGCAUACACCUGAUUUGGAUGAUGCGAUUGAAAGGGGAAUUAAUGCAAGGGAGAAGAAGGCCAAGGUGGAUGGUAGACGGAAAGCAGAUGCAGUGAAGAAGGAGGAGGAAAUUGCGAAGGUCUUUCUAGAUGCAAGCUCAAGAAGACUAAGAAGUUUAGUGGAUUGGGUAGAACAGACCAGUUCUUAGUUGGAUUGUUAACAUCGCGUUGGAGUUAAUCACAUUUGGACUGAACGAGUUCACAUCAGCAAGGAGUUUACUGGUCAUUGGGGUUUUCAACGAUACCAUUUACUGUCAGGUUACGGAGGAAAAGCGUAUGUCAAUUUGAAGUUUUACAUAGACACGGUGGCUCGUGGAAAUCGUAGCAAGAACAUGGCAUUUCGAGCAACAGUAUAUCUUAAUAGAUACUCAUGAAGCA